AUGUAUGCGCCGCGCUGCAGAUGUCAAUACUGCGCUCGUUACCGCGACGCGGAGGCUUGGCUCUGCGCCACCACACUGCUCACCACGACGGCUCCUCUGCUCACUGCCUCGGCUCCUGUGCUCACUUCAAUGCUCACUGCCUCGGCUCCUGUGCUCACUUCAAUGUUCACUGCCUCGGCUCCUCUGCUCACUUCACUGCUCACUGCCUCGGCUCCUCUGUUCACUGCCUCGGCUCCUCUGCUCACUUCACUGCUCACUGCUUCAGCUCCUGUGCUCACUUCACUGCUCACUGCCUCGGCUCCUGUGCUCACUGCCUCAGCUCCUGUGCUCACUUCACUGCCCACUGCCUCGGCUCCUCUGCUCACUUCACUGCUCACUGCGGCCGCUCUUGUGCACGAUGACUGGAAAUGA